AUGAGACAAAGAUAUGAAAAUUUGGCACAAUUAUGUCAUGAGCAUUUACUUUCACAAUUAGAUUUGUUUUUGCAUUUGUUGCAGAUAACUUUAAAUAAGAUAGGAGAAGAUGAAGAUGAAGAUGGAGAAAAUGCUGAAUAUGAAGAAGAUGAUGAAGCUAUCACCGUUCAAGCGCAAACACAACAAAAACGUUCAUCGCGCAUCACCAGCUCGCGUAGUUUCGGCACAAAUGUCAAAGCGUCCGCCUCGAAUGGUGUUAAUUUCGUUUGCCCCGAAGAGUUUGGCUACUAUCCGCAUCCGUCCGAUUGUACACAGUAUUAUGUGUGUGUAUUCGGUGGUGCAUUGCUCGAAAGUUGCACCGGCGGAUUGAUGUAUUCGCAUGAGCUACAAACCUGUGAUUGGCCAUGCAAUGUGGUUUGUGAAGUUGUCGAUAAUAGCGCCGCGUCCCUAGGCAGCACUGGUAGCGGUAGUGGCACACGUUCGGGCAAUCAACAACAACAGCAACAAUCAAUCAACAGUCAACAGGUGCCAAGUCGUAUACGUUUCGGUUCUGCCUUCAGCAGUCCGGCGGGCACAACACAGUCACCGAAGGCAACAGUGCCACCGCAAUACCAUCGCCAGCCACCGCAGGUCAUACAGGCGCAGGUGCAGUCAUUACCACAGCAUGCGGGCACAGUGAUUGGUACGCGUCGACAGCCGAAACCAUUCGAUACGCAAGACGAUAUAGCGAAGGUUAGUGGGUGGACGGAAAACGACUUGGCUGACGUUGAACUGGGCAGCGAUGAAACUACUACGCACAAACGCGUGAAACGGGACUUAAGUGUCCCAAAUAAUGAAGACACCAAAAUCGUUUACAACAUCGGUGAAAUUUUAAAGACUGAUAAGAAUCCAAAGACUUUAGGCAAAACGCGGGCGCUGCACUACAAUACUGGUGAGAUUUUGAAGACUGAAGAACACCAAAGGACGUUAGACAAACCAAAGAUCGCGACAUACUUAAACACUGACGAAAUACAAACUACAACGACGGGCGACGUGAGACCAUUUCCGAGCACUAAAGAACUUGGUUAUGCGAUGGCCAAAGAGAACACCGAACAAAAGGGCGUAGUUUUGUACAAUGGAAACACGACAGUGCAAAACACACAAGUGGAGCCGGCGCAGGCAUUCGUGGAAACUGACAAAAAUAUGCAAGAAUCGAUAAUGGAAAUUGUAGAUCAAAUAUUGGAAGAACUAAAGGGAGCCGGUGGUCAGCCAGAGAAGUCAACAGAUGGCGCGCAAGAGCAAUUAGAGCAAGCAGACAGCGCGACCUCAUCUGAAACCACCGUAAGCAGCAAGCGCAUUGAUGAACUCAACACAGAAAAAGGCCGUGAAAUGCACAACACAGCCGGGGAUCCCAUUAUGGAGACGCUUAACAAUAUUGCCGCACUCCUCGACAUGGACUAUGACACCGAUGCUGCUAAUGAUAGCACAGCCGUUGAAGCGCGUAUGCGUGGCACACGUCAGCUGCGUCAGUACUUCAGUGGACGCGCACGCUAUCAGAUACAAAAUGUGCCCGGCACACAUUAUCGUUCCAUUGAUGCUGAUGGUGGCCCAUAUCAACAACAGCAAUCGAGCAUCAGCUUUGGUGCGUACAACCCCUAUUUGUCGCCGCCCUCCACCUCAGCUAACUACAACCAAUUGAGUCCUGGAUAUCAGGUAUAUCCACAGCAGCAGCAACUGCAGCGACCACAAACCUUUGGCGGUGGUGGCCUUCAAAAGCAUAAAUUCACCUACACCGCGGCAUUGAAUCCACCGCCGCCACCGGCAACAGCGCCGCUAAUAGAAGAUGACUUUCGACCGAUGGCGGCUAAUUACUAUCGCACAACAACUACGCUACGGCCAUCGACAACAGCCCGGCGUCCAAAUCUCUUCAACAAUCCCGAACUGAUACCGUACAUACUGCAGUCACUGCGCGAAUACCAGGAGCAGCGCAAAAAGAUGCAGCAGCAGAAUUUUCAAUAUUUCCAUUUAGAGAAUGGAGACUCGGACGCCGCCAUGCUCCCGCAAAUGCCACACUAUCAGUCAACUAAAACGCCACUGAAGGUCACUUCCAACACACAUUUUUCGCAAUUCAGCACUGUGGGUGGCUUCUACAAUAACCAGCACAGUAGCCAGGAGGAGGUGAGCGGCGAUUACAAGCCGACUGUGAAGUAUCCCUCGAAAUUGGUCUCGCAAUACAGCAUAGUUGACAAUUAUAUACCCACCACAACGGAGAGCAACUACUUCAAGUACAAUUUGUUGGCCAACCAAAAAAUUAAGGGCGCGUACCAUUCGACGCCGGUGCCCAGGUAUACGACUCAAGCGCCAUCCACUUCGAAUAUCAAUAUAAUUUCAGCGUCAAAUUUAACGCCAUCGCACGUGACCACGACGACUACCAAGUUUCCCAAAUACAACAGCUUCGAGAAGUAUCCUCAGAGCCUCGCUUUCUCAAACAAUUCAGCACAGUUUCCGCAAUCCUAUCAGGUCUUCACCAAAGUGCGUACGUCUACAAUAUCACCGAAAUUGAAGAUUUCUCAUCCCACCAGCUCAACGGUAACCACAGCUAAUACGCCUCAGUCCUCCCGUAAGCCGGCUUUGACUUUGCAGUUCAACGUGCCCGAGUUCGUUGCAAGUUUGCAGUCCUCUGACUUGGCCAAUAUGAGUCCGCAAGUGGUCAAUAUGAUCAAAUAUUUCAAGCAGCUGAAUGCACCACAGCCAGGUCGUAAACCAGUCGCUACCAGCACCAAAACUAGUCAACCUAAUAAGCAUGUUGAACAGUACGACGAGCAAAUCGAAGCUACAACCGAGGAAAAUAGGCAACGGCCAACUGUGACACCCACGAAGCGUCCAGUGAAAGGUUACGAAGAUUUCCUGAAGAGCAUACCCAAUCAGUCACAUAAAUUCAAUGCGCAUAACAUACACCAAGGCAGACCAUUCAGUACGACCACUAGCAGCACGAUCGCGCCCGACUACUACGAUGAGUACGGCGAAGAAGAAGACGAGCCGCUUGGUACUGACACCGAUGAUGACAUCAUGCCACCCUCGCAAAUGCCACCGUAUAUGCCCAUGUCUGAGACCAUGGCGCCACCACGUCCACAAUUUAUGCCGGCUGCGACACCUACGCCUACAAAAUCGACACCGGCUAGCGCACAGCACGCGAAACCAAACUUUCAGACGGGCUUCUUCGAGGCGACCACCACGCGUGGUCCGUUCGGUGGUGCUUUUCAUUUCCACCAAUUCUAUCAAACAACAGCGAGUACGCAGGGUACUAAGCAGCACAAUCAAAUACCUUCGUUCAUCAACUUUCCCAGCGAUAUAUUUCAAGAUAUCAAACAACGUUUGCCGCCAAGGCCGCAAUUGGGUUCGACUGUACCGACUUUGACGAACAAUAUUAACAAUAAUGUACGGUUUACGAUCACAAGGACGACAACGACACCCGCGCCGCGUACCACUACAACAAGAGCACCAAGCACAACAUCCACCAUGACGACAACAACGACACAGCGCACGCGCUACACAGUGCGGCCGUCAAUUCGUCAUAGUAAAUGGCAAACCAGCGACAGUAGCAACAAGGAGUUGAACAACGUUGAGCAUGGUAGUAAUUACAACAGUAACAGCAAAGGCAACAAGACCGAUUUUGGCGCGCAAAGUUUUCGUAAGCGGCCCGCAGCCACACCAGCGUCCUCGGCUUUGGGUUCGGUGCAAUUGAACGUGAAUAUGCACUUGGACGUGGCGGACAGUGGACAAAGGUAG